GGGCUUUUUAACCCUCACAUGUGGCACAGGUAGCAUUUCCUCUUGGUGACUGAAGCAAUGGGAGCUGUUCAGGUCUUGGUUAUUUGCGUGCUGACUGUUUUUCUUGCUAAAGGCUCUUGUUUGCCAGUUGGUGGCCCAAAUGAAAGACAUGAUGGGCUGCAGAGGAGAGUAAGAGCCAGGGCCGCUGUGGAGCCGGCGACGACCACGCCAGGCGGGCCCACUGUGGCGCCGACCACGCCGGGCGGGCCCACUGUGGGGCCGGCGCCGGCCACUCUGCCGAGCGGGCCCACUGUGGGGCCGGCGCCGGCCACUCUGCCGAGCUGGGCCAAAAAGGGCAUCUGGUGGCCUUUCAUCAAGAAGCCAUAAGUAUGGGACUAGGAACCAUGCAGGAGUUCACUUGCAUCCAAGGUUUUGCUUUUUGCCUCUGCUUUAAAUAAAACUAUGAACUUUA